AUGGCGAUCAUGAACCCUUUCCAACGAGUGGUCGGUAAUAAGACUGCCGACACCCCACCAGCCACCGUUGAUGAUCCAGAUGUUAUUCAGGCGAGAGCCGACGACAAAGAAGCUGGACACACCCCCGCCGUUGAACUGACGGACAAGGGCGAAAAGCCAGCGGAGGAUGCCCAGGCUGGUGUUCAGAAAAUUGAGGCCGUGACUAUAGCCUGGAACAAGAAGUCGGUGUACAUGGUCUUGAUAUUUAUCUGGCUUCUCACAUUGGUCAAUAACCUCAAGUCUUCUGUUGUCUACAGUCUGAGCGCCUAUGCUACAAGCUCUUUCGCAGGUCACUCGCUUUUGACCGUCGUCAGUAUUGUGUCGUCCGCGAUGACAGGCGCGGUAUAUAUCCCUAUGGCUAAGGCGCUAGACCUUUGGGGUCGUGCAGAAAGUCUCCUUCUGAUGGUGGUGUUCUGUAUUCUGGGCAUCGUUCUUUUGGCCUCAUCUCAAAAUCUCCCUACCUACUGUGCUGGAGAGGUGUUCUAUUCAGUCGGUUUCGGUGGUCUCUCUUACAGUUGGAACGUGCUGGCAGCCGACGUGUCAAACUUGAGGAAUCGAGGACUCGCAUUCGCUUUCACGUCGUCCCCCGCUAUUAUAUCCGCUUUCGCGGGAUCAAAGGCCGCCGAAGGUUUCCUUAACAACGUCAACUGGCGAUGGGGCUACGCAGUUUGGGCAAUUAUCGUGCCUGUUUUCGCUUUGCCUAUUUAUUUCCUGUUGGCUCACAAUCUCCGCAAAGCCGAGAAGGAAGGCAUUAUCAACCGGGAGAAAAAGCCCUGGAAGUUUGAUCUCGAAUCAAUUUGGUGUUUCAUUAAAGAAUUCGAUUUGGUGGGAGUCUUCCUUUUCGCCGGUGGCAUGGUGGUAUUCCUUCUUCCCUUCACCUUGGCCAACAUGGCACCCAAUGGUUGGAAUAGCGGCUAUAUCAUUGCCAUGAUUGUGGUUGGGCUGGUUCUUCUCAUUUCAUUUGGUUUAUAUGAAAUCUACCUCGCCCCGGUGCCCUUCCUGAAUUAUAAAUUCCUCGCCGACCGCACCGUUCUAGGAGCGUGUCUCCUGAAUAUGACAUAUCAGAUGUCCUACUACAGCUAUGGCGUUUAUCUCCCGUCAUUCUUGCAAGUGGUAUACAAUGUGGAUGUAGCCACAGCCGGAUACAUCGGCAACAUUUUCAGUGUCGCUGCAUUUUUCUCCCUCUUCUUUGCUGGCUGGCUCAUCCGCGUGACGGGUCGCUUCAAGUGGAUUCUCUGGGUCUGUGUGCCGCUCUACAUCUUCGGAAUCGGCCUGAUGAUUCACUUCCGUCAACCGGGUGGAAACGUCGGCUACAUCGUCAUGUGCGAGAUCUUCUUCUCUAUCGCCGGCAGCGUUUUCAUUCUCUGUGUACAGCUCGCUGUCCUCGCUACCGUCGACCACCAACAUGUCGCCGCGGUGCUUGCAUUGCUGUUCGUGACGGGAAGUAUCGGUGGAUCCAUGGGCAGUGCUAUCUGUGGAGCUAUUUGGACAAAUACCUUUUUGCCGCAACUUGCGAAAAAUCUACCGGAAGCAGCUAUGCCCAACUUAUCUCUCAUCUACUCAAGUCUUCCUCAGCAGCUCAGCUAUGCUGUUGGAACCCCUGAGCGAGACGCCAUUGUGAAAUCCUACGGCUAUGCUCAGCCCAGGAUGCUUGCUGCCGGUACUGCAUUGAUGUCUCUGGCUUUCAUUUGGGUGGCCAUGAUAAAGAAUCUCAACGUCAAGAAUAUGACCCAGACCAAGGGUAACGUUCUCUAA